CACACUUUAUAUUAGCCAGGAGAUCCAGCAUAAUUUUUCUUACCAGCAGAAAAUCGGAAUUGCUAAGCUGGGUCUGAUUUUUCUGCGGUCAGAACACUGACCGUGCUUUUUGAUUGGUUAAUUCUAUUAUUCCUUGCUCGCGUGGGCAAUAUCGGGAAAUGUUUUGUUUAGAGCGCACCUCACUGCCCUGAACAAAUAUGAUUAAUUCACAAAUAGAGGGUAAGAUGUGACCACGCCGACCUAGUGCUAAUUGGAUGGUUGUAAUUUGAGAUUUGCUUUUAGGUGGAUUUAGAUUUUAGGAAUUUGCUCAAACAUUUGUUUGCGUCAAGCUUUCGUUUAAGAAAAAAUUGAAUGUGAUAUCCACGAAGAAAGCUUAGUUAUCUAGGCUAACUUUUAUAUAGGCUGUAGACUAUAUUAUUAACAUAUAUAAACUAUCAUUUAAAAUCAUUAAGGGUAUUACAAUGAUGUCUAAUUUGUAAAAAAACUCGUGGCACCAAAACUAACGUGUUUAAGUAAUAAAUGCAAAUGCAUCGUUAUAAAAAAUACGUAUACUCACAACCUCGAUCCCAGGACAAGUUGUCUCUUUUUGAAUAUCGGACGGCGAGACGAACAUGGCCCUGGUGGAGGCUGGUCAAAAAUCUUUGAUUUUCGCAGAUUUUUAAUUAAUGCACUCGUGUCUCGUUUAUCAGGAAUUUUAUACUUCCUAGUCUUUGGUAAGCGAGUUUCAAUUUAAUUAUUAGGGUCUGGAUUUUAUCGUGAUCGAUGGAAAGAGAACUUUUUAGUGAAGACUGGACCUUGAAGGCUUUAUGUCGUGAUGGCUCUAACGUAUAUUGAUAUUUUAAAGCGAAUAUCUUUCGCAUUAAAUAAUUACAUUUUUCAGUUUUGCCUGAAACCAAAGCAAGUCAUAUGUUUGGAAGCUUUGUUAAAGGGGAAUGAUGUGGUGGCAGUUCUGCCUACUGGAUUUGGAAAAUCAAUUAUUUUUCAUUUACUUGCUGAUCUCUUCCCAGUUAAAAAUAAAAAGAAUAUUGUUUUGGUCAUCAGCCCUUUAACUUCCAUUAUAAAUGAUCAGGUGAAAUACUUGAAUGGGAUUGGUUUUUCUGCUGCUGUAUUGCACUUGGAACAGAGGAAGUUUGAGGCAGAUGAGAGCUUGUUUGGAAGUAAUGAUGCAGUGGAGGACGACCAUGAUGGUACAAAUAUUACAAUUGAUUGUGGUAUUAAAAACGGAGAUAUUAAGAUUUUAUUUGCCCAUCCAGAAUCCUUUUUAUCUGAUCAAGGGCGUUCAAUUUUAAAGAGCAAAAUUUAUCAACAAAAUGUGGUAGCUUGCGUGGUUGAUGAAGCGCAUUGUGUUGAAAUGUGGGGUGCUGAAUUUCGUGAAGAUUUUGGAAAAUUAUGCACACUGAAAGCUCUUUUUCCAAGCACACCCAUGAUUGCUUUGACAGCAACUGCACCCCCAAGCAAAAUAAAAAAUUUAAAAGAGAAACUAUGUUUCAGUCCUUAUUGUAAGGUUGUUGUUGCAAAUCCAAAUAGAAAAAAUAUAUUUUUAAAGAAAUUGCCAAGACGCGGAAACAACUUUGGCUUAAGAAGCUAUGACGAUAUUUUAGUUCCCAUUGCUAAAGAGUUAAAUAAAUUACGGGAUGAUUAUCCCAUGACAAUCAUUUACAUGAAGCUAAAAUAUUGUGGCUAUGCUUAUUCGUUAUUUCAGCAAACAGUAACUCCAAAUAACACAAAACUAUUUUGUCAAUUUCAUGCUCCUCAAACAUCUAGAAUGAAGAAAGAAAUCUUAGAUGAAAUUACAAAACGAGAUUCGUCUAUUAGAGUUGUGUUUGCAACCACAGCACUCGGGAUGGGUGUUAAUGCACCAAAGGUUACUGAAGUUAUCCACAUAACGCCUCCAGCCAAUAUUGAAUCUUACAUGCAAGAAAUUGGUAGAGCUGGAAGGCGUGGGCAAAACUCAACUGCAACAUUGUAUUACAAUAAUGCAGAUAUUGCUGUUAAUAAAAAUAAUGUUGACGAUAGCAUGAAGUGCUUCUGCAAAACAGAUCUGUGCUUAAGGGAAUUUAUUCUAAAUUUCUUUGGUUUUAAAAAGUAUGAACAAGAUAAUUGUUGCUCAAAUUGUACAAAGUCUAAUUUGCUGAUAAAAGAAACAACAUUACCUUGCCGUGAUUUAGUAUCAGAAGAUGCUUUUAAAUGCUUACAAACUGAGCUGAAAGAAAUUAUUGAAACUUGGAGACUUUCGCUAUUGACUACCCUUGAUCAAACUUAUGAACUUCCAUCUAUCAAUAAAAAUUUGGUUCAAACACUAUUGAGUAAACUUCCAUUUAUAAGAUCUAAAAAUGAUCUGUUAUUUGAAUUUCUAGAUUUUCCUUUUUCGUUCUUUUUCUCACUUUCAAUAGUUUGA